AAGGCCAAGUCCGUUAGUUAUUUCUUUUAAAAUGGCCCCAACCCAACAGCAGAGCAGAGGCAUUGUAAGUGUACAAAAAACAAGAAUCUAGAGAAAUGGAAGGCUCAACAACAAAGGAUAACUUACCCUCUAAACCAAUAAUACUGCAGAGUCACAACUUAAAAAAGUAUAUACUGGAGACCAGCGUUUACCCACGAGAAACUGAGAUUCUCAAAGAGCUCCGGAAUGCCACUGCAAGCCACCCUUGGAGCCAUGUGGCCGCUGAACCCGAUUCGGGUCAGUUAAUAGCCAUGCUCUUGAAGCUGUUGAAUGCUAAAAAGACAAUUGAAGUGGGAGUUUUUACGGGAUACUCUCUUCUCCUCACAGCACUCACCAUUCCUCAUGAUGGAAAGAUUAUAGCCGUGGAUCCAGACAGAAAAGCUUAUGAGAUAGGACUACCAUUCAUUAAAAAGGCUGGUGUAGAGCACAAAAUCGACUUCAAAGAAUCUCCAGGUUUACUCGUUCUUGAUAAACUCAUAGAAGAUGCAUGGAACAAGGAAAGUUUUGACUUUGCCUUCGUUGAUGCUGAUAAAGAUAACUAUUGGAAUUACCACGAGAGGCUUCUUAAACUGGUAAAGGUUGGUGGGUUAAUUCUCUAUGAUAACACUCUUUGGAGUGGAACUGUUGCAUGGCCUGAAGAGGAUGUUCCACGUCACAUGAGAAAAUACUGGCAGGCUGCUUUGGCUUUCAACCAAAAACUUGCAGAUGAUUCUCGUCUUGAAAUCUCAGCCGUUUCAAUUGGUGAUGGGCUCACUAUCUGCAGGCGUACUCGUUGAACAUCAUUUCCCAUUGUUGUUUUAUGAAAUUGGAUAAUUUUAUAUGUUCAAGAAUAAACAUUAUUCUUAAUAAUUUAUGGGAGAAUAUCAAACGUUUGUAACAGUUAUUCUGUUGUAGGACCUCCAUUGCCAAUGAUAAUUAAAAUAAAAAUUGAUGAU